UCGUGUUCCGUUAGCAGGAAGCUUAGCCAUCACCCUUAUUCUAGCGAGGGACUCAUCCCCAGAGCCCAGACCUCCGGAGUCUGAAAACACUGUGCUCUCGGCGCUGCCCAGCAGCUCACAGCAAAACUUCUCCAACUCUGCCGCUUUAGUCGCCACUAUGCCCAAGACGAUCAAUGUGCGUGUGACCACCAUGGAUGCAGAACUGGAGUUUGCCAUUCAACCCAAUACCACUGGCAAGCAGCUGUUUGACCAGGUGGUGAAAACUAUUGGACUCAGGGAAGUUUGGUUUUUUGGUCUGCAGUACCAGGACACUAAGGGAUUCUCCACUUGGCUGAAACUCAAUAAGAAGGUGACUGCCCAAGAUGUAAGAAAAGAAUGUCCCUUAAUCUUCAAAUUCCGGGCCAAGUUCUACCCUGAGGAUGUAUCUGAGGAACUAAUCCAGGACAUCACACAACGCCUGUUCUUCCUUCAAGUGAAGGAGGGUAUUCUCAAUGAUGAUAUGUAUUGUCCACCUGAGACUGCUGUUCUGCUGGCAUCAUAUGCUGUCCAGUCCAAAUAUGGAGACUUCAAUAAAGAGGUUCACAAGUCUGGCUACUUGGCUGGGGACAAGUUGCUGCCACAGAGAGUCCUGGAGCAGCACAAACUAAAUAAAGACCAGUGGGAAGAACGGAUCCAAGUGUGGCAUGAGGAACACCAUGGCAUUCUCAGGGAGGAUGCUAUACUGGAAUAUCUGAAGAUUGCCCAGGACCUGGAGAUGUAUGGUGUGAACUACUUCAGCAUCAAGAACAAGAAAGGAUCAGAAUUGUGGCUGGGGGUGGAUGCUCUGGGUCUCAACAUAUAUGAACAGAAUGAUAGACUGACUCCAAAGAUAGGCUUCCCAUGGAGUGAAAUCAGGAAUAUCUCUUUCAAUGAUAAGAAAUUUGUCAUCAAACCUAUUGACAAAAAAUCUCCAGACUUUGUAUUCUAUGUUCCACGACUUCGGAUUAACAAGCGGAUCUUGGCCUUGUGCAUGGGGAACCAUGAGCUGUACAUGCGACGCCGCAAACCUGACACAAUUGAGGUGCAGCAGAUGAAGGCACAAGCCCGGGAGGAGAAGCACCAAAAACAGAUGGAGCGUGCUGUGCUUGAAAAUGAGAAGAAGAAGCGUGAGCUGGCAGAAAGGGAGAAAGAAAAGAUUGAGCGUGAAAAGGAAGAACUCAUGGAGAAGUUAAAGCAGAUUGAGGAACAAACUAAGAAAGCUCAGCAAGAACUGGAGGAGCAGACCCUUAGAGCUCUUGAACUUGAACAGGAGCGGAAGCAUGCCCAGAGUGAGGCUGAAAAACUUGCCAAGAAACGUCAGGAAGCUGAACAAGCCAAGGAGGCCCUGUUGCAGGCCUCCCAAGACCAAAAGAAGACCCAGGAACAGCUGGCCUUAGAAAUGGCAGAGCUAACAGCACGAAUUUCCCAGCUGGAGAUGGCUCGACAGAAGAAAGAGAGUGAAGCUGUUGAAUGGCAGACAAAGGCUCAGAUGGUGCAGGAAGACUUGGAGAAGAUUCGUGCUGAGCUUAAGUCUGCCAUGAGUACUCCUCAUGUAGCAGAGCCUGCUGAGAAUGAACAGGACGAGCAGGAUGAGAAUGGAGCAGAGGCCAGUGCUGACCUGCGGGCUGAUGCUAUGGCCAAGGAUCGCAGUGAGGAAGAACGAACUACUGAAGCAGAGAAAAAUGAACGUGUGCAGAAGCACUUGAAGGCCCUUACUUCAGAGUUGGCCAAUGCCUGCGAUGAGUCCAAGAAGACUGUCAAUGACAUGAUCCAUGCUGAGAACAUGAGACUGGGCCGAGACAAAUAUAAGACCCUUCGCCAGAUCCGGCAGGGCAACACUAAGCAGCGCAUUGAUGAAUUUGAAUCCAUGUAAAGAGCUUCCAACCUCUAGAGGCCCUCUUCCUACUCUCUUGCCUUCAAAUUUCUAUACUCUUGCUAACACUGUGUUGUAAUCAU